CUUGUGCUGGUCUGCUGGACUGGACACAAACCGCGACCCCCUUUCCUCGGCCGCCUCAGAUUCUCUCGCCGCCCGACCCGAGCUCCUCCUCCACACUCCGUCGCCGGAGCUUCCCAAUUCCCCUACCCCCUACUCGGCUCCUGCCUGGCCGCGUCCUAGCCGCUAGUAACCAUCCCGGAUCUCCGCGUCCAGAUCGCCGGGACGCACCACAUCCCUGGAGCAGCUGGCGUCCUCACCGCCGGAGCCAACCUCUUUCGCCUACUCCCCUCCCAGCUCUUCACCGCUGGAGCCCCCUUUGUGGCGUGCUACCUCCAACUCCGCACCCUCGGAAUCAGGUUGAUGUCCACUUGUACGUCGAUUGGAGAUAACUAACUUGGUUGAUCCUGAGGGCAAGAAGUAAUGAUCCGAGCAGGCCCCAAGGAAUCACAAAUUUAUGACAACAAUAGCCAGAAAGUUUAUCCUCAGCCCAUUGAUGAAAAUAUGAAUCAGAACAUGGAUUCGAUGGACAGUAUGAUUGGAAGAAUAUUCAACAACAUAUCCUCUUUAAAGGCUGCAUACAUUCAGCUGCAGGAAGCUCACACCCCAUAUGACCCAGACAAGAUUCAAACUGCUGAUAAGCGUGUCAUAGAUGAGCUCACGAGGCUUUCAGAACUUAAGCAUACUUACAGAGAGAAAAAUCCUAAACCAAUAGCAGCAUCACCUCAAGAUUCACGCUUGCUUUCUGAAAUACAAGAGCAGCAGAACUUGUUAAAGACAUACGAGGUCAUGGUAAAGAAGUUCCAGUCCCAGAUCCAGAAUAGAGAUACCGAGAUUACCCAUUUGCAGCAGCAAAUUGAUGAGGCCAAACAUCGAAAAUCAAAGCUGGAGAAGAAAUUGAAACAAAGGGGCUUACUUAACAAGGAAUCUGAGGAAUCUGACGAAGAAGAGAACUACUUCUCCAUUGAACUGACACCAAGUUUAUUUACAUCUGCUGCUGAUAAUUCAUACCAAUCAAUACAUGAUUUCUCAAAGCCCUUGAUCAACAUGAUGAAAGCUGCUGGGUGGGAUCUUGACGCUGCUGCAAAUGCAAUUGAACCUGAUGUAGUUUAUGCAAGGAGAGCUCACAAGAAGUAUGCAUUUGAGUCCUAUAUUUGCCAAAGAAUGUUCAGUGGUUUCCAUGAAGAGAGCUUUUCUGUGAAGGAUGCUACUGCCACUGUUUCCAAUGAGGCUUUCUUCCACCAGUUCCUUGCAGUACGAGCCAUGGAUCCUCUGGAUGUAUUGAGCCAAAACCCAGAUUCAGUUUUCGGAAAGUUCUGCAGAAGCAAAUACCUGUUGCUUGUGCACCCAAAAAUGGAAGGUUCUUUCUUUGGUAACAUGGAUCAGAGAAACUAUGUCAUGAGCGGUGGCCAUCCAAGGACACCUUUCUAUCAGGCAUUUCUCAAGUUGGCGAAGUCCAUAUGGUUAUUGCAUAGGCUGGCGUACUCUUUCGAUCCAAAGGUCAGGGUCUUCCAAGUGAAAAAGGGAAGCGAGUUCUCGGAGAUUCACAUGGAAAGUGUUGUCAAGAACAUCGUCUUGGACGAAGGUGCCGAGAGGCCUAAAGUUGGUUUGAUGGUGAUGCCUGGUUUCAUGAUCGGGACUAGUGUCAUACAGGCUCGAGUGUACCUUUCAAAUGUCAAAUAUGCUGACUGAAAAUGUUUCAGUUGCUUGAGAAGAUUCAGAGCAUUUUACAUCCUGCGAGGGCACUUAGUUGCAUCUGAUAAGGCGGUGUAUGUCUUAUCUUGUAUGUGAUGCUACCUCGGAAAAAUGUUAUUCAUAUGAAAUGUGGUAGCAAUACCUUUGCGAAGAACAAUUUUUUCUUUGUGAAGAUUAUUAUUUUGCUUCUGGUCUGUGAUGUAACCCUGUCCAGUGUUUGAUCUACCUGCCACCACUAUGUAAGUUUUCUUUUUGGCGU